UUGUUUUCUCCAUCCAAAUCAAAAAACAAUAAUCUCAAUUUCUAGUUGAAGAGUUUAAAAAAGGAUUGAAAGAGAAUCAGGGGAAAUUGGUUCUGUUUAUCUCAACAUGUCAAUAUUCAUGAGAGCAAUGUUACUUGUGUUAUGUGCUAUGUGGAUAUUGCCAGAGUUAGCACAUGCAAAACAUGCUAGAACAACACGGCAUUACAAGUUUAAUAUCAAAUUGCAAAAUGUGACAAGGCUUUGUCAAACAAAGAGCAUUGUAACCGUCAACGGACAAUUUCCUGGUCCUAGAAUCAUAGCAAGAGAAGGCGAUAGAGUCGUCAUUAAAGUGGUUAACCACGUUCAGUACAACGUUUCUAUUCAUUGGCAUGGAAUUCGCCAAAUAAGAAGUGGUUGGGCAGAUGGACCUGCAUAUAUAACACAAUGUCCAAUUCAACCAGGCCAAAGUUAUCUAUACAACUUCACAAUCAUAGGCCAAAGAGGAACAUUAUGGUGGCAUGCACAUAUUUCAUGGCUUAGAGCAACUCUUCAUGGUCCUAUUGUCAUUCUUCCCAAAAGGCAUGUGCCUUACCCAUUUCCACACCCCUUCAAAGAAAUCCCCAUCGUAUUAGGGGAGUGGUGGAAAGCUGACACAGAAACAAUUAUAAAUCAAGCAAUUCAAACAGGAUUAGCUCCUAAUACCUCAGAUGCUCACACCAUCAAUGGUCUUCCCGGUCCUCUCCACAAUUGUUCGGCUAAAGACACCUUCAAACUCGAGGUUCAACCCGGAAAAACAUAUCUACUCCGAAUAAUCAACGCUGCACUCAAUGACGAAAUGUUCUUCAGCAUUGCUAAUCACACCCUCCAUGUUGUUGAAGCUGAUGCAGUUUAUGUAAAGCCCUUCAAAACCAACAUUGUACUCAUCACACCAGGCCAAACCACCAAUGUCCUUCUAAAAACAAAAUCCAAAACCCCAAAUGCCAAAUUUGUCAUAGCUUCAAGACCUUAUGCAACAGGUCCUGCAUCUUUUGACAACACCACAGCCAUUGGUUUACUAGAAUACAAAAAACAUUCACUUUCAAAUCCAAAGAACAACAAAAACCUUAAACUUUUCAAACCAACACUUCCUAAAUUCAAUGACACAUUAUUUGCAAUGAACUUCAACAAAAAAGUAUUUAGCUUGAACAAUGCAAAAUUCCCAGCAAAAGUUCCAAAAACUAUUGACAGACACUUUUUUUUCACUGUUGGUUUAGGCAUAAGCCAAUGUUCAAAAAACGAAGCAUGUCAAGGACCUAAUAACACAAGGGUAGCAGCAGCUAUUAACAAUGUUUCAUUUGUGAUGCCAAACACUGCCUUACUACAAGCUCAUUUUUUAAACAAAUCAAAAGGGGUUUUCACUACUGAUUUUCCUAAUAAUCCACCUUUUAAAUUUAAUUACACUGGUACACCACCAAAGAACAUUAUGGUAAGUAGUGGUACUAAGGUUGUUGUGUUACCUUAUAAUAGUAGAGUGGAGUUGGUGUUGCAGGACACAAGUAUUAUUGGAGCUGAGAGUCAUCCUUUGCAUCUUCAUGGAUUUAAUUUCUUUGUUGUUGGUCAAGGGAAUGGAAAUUUUGACCCUAAAAAUGAUCCUUCUAAGUUUAAUCUUGUUGAUCCUGCUGAGAGAAACACUGCUGGUGUUCCUUCUGGUGGUUGGGUUGCUUUGAGAUUUCUUGCAGAUAAUCCAGGUGUUUGGUUCAUGCAUUGUCAUCUUGAAGUGCAUACAAGUUGGGGAUUGAAAAUGGCAUGGAUUGUUCAGGAUGGAAAACGGCGCAAUCAGAAGCUGCCACCUCCACCCUCUGAUCUUCCCAAAUGUUGAAAUAAAUUGACACCAUAAUGUUACUUUUCUCUUUCAAAUUUUUGGGUUAGAUAUUGGAUUUUAUUUUGUUUUUUGGAUUUAGUUUUGUCCAAAUUCUUUCUCUGUCCAUUUUUUGUCCACAUUAGAUUGGAGUAUUUUUUUAUUUUUUAUUUUGUUAGUAAUAUGUAUUUUAGGAAUUUUGUAUCUGAAAAAAGGAAAGUUUUGGGCAAUUUGAUUGUAAUGAUUGAUUUGGUUGUUGUAUUGUCACACACUCAUUAGUUAGAAAAGUUAUGAGUGAGAGAGUUUUAUGUAGGCUCAAGUAUUCAGUAAUUUUGAGUCAAGAAAAGUAUUCAGAUAUUAUUUCAUUAUACUA